AUGACGUCCAGGUCGCGCCUCGUCGACGAUCCCGACGUGCGCGACGACGCGUCGGACGACGAGCGGGCGGCGAGGCUGGCUCGCCCGGACCCUCCUCCAUCGGCGCCCGCCUCCGGGACCCGCGCCGGGGCGGCGGCGGCGAGCGAGCUUCCCGGCGACGUCGCCGGCGUCGGCGUCGCCAGCGGGAUCGGGGAGGCGUCGAACGGAGGUCGGAGCAGGCGAUUCGACUGGGGUUCUCGCCCGACGUCUCCGGAGGUGAGGGCGAGGCCGAACACGCCCGCCGAUGCGAUGGACGCGGGGCGCGCGCUGGGAGAGAGGUUGGCGUCCGUGGGAGGCGCGGGGUUGAGACGAGGCGGCGCGUGGGAUUCGAGCGGCGUCGUGUGCGUCGCGAUUGCCGCCGGGGUGGCGCUCCUGGCGGCUGGGUUAGCGCAGUUCGCCGUGAGCGGCGGUUGA